AUGGUUGAAGAUCACUUGUAUUUCAUUACUGUGGCAGAUAACCUCCGUCAUUUCCCUGUGGUUACGUUGAUAGCCAAGCUGCUCUCCCCGUUUCUGAACGGAAUCCGAAGAAAGCACACUGGAUACACAAGAGAUAAGGUGGCUCGUCGCAUUGGUUCAUCCUUGGCCCGCAAGGACUUCAUGGCGAAUCUCAUUGGGAAGGUAGAGUCCAAUGAAAUGGAUCUGGAAGAGCUCACUGCCCACGCAUCUACCCUAGUAAUCGCCGGUGGAGAGACAGUGGCCACCUUUCUCGCUGCAGCCACAUUCUAUCUCCUUCGAAACGAUGCCGUGUACUAG